AUGAAAGGACUUACAACGUUUGUCGUCUUACUUGUCUCGCUGCUGGCCUGUGCGCGGGCUGGAUUUGAGACAUUUCCAUAUGAAUUUUACGAAGAGCUCAAAACCCAGGAACACGGGCAAUGUAGUGUAGACGUAAAUCGAAUGCUGGAUGGAGUGAAAAACCUCGAUGGCUGGGCAUUGGAAAGUUGGUUGAGUUUUUUAUUGUUUUUAUUGUUUUUUAUUGGCUUGUGUUGACUUGCCGGUACACCAGGAGUAGCUAAACUUUUUUUGGUAGAGAUCUACUAAGAAUAUAUUUUCCUUUUGUGGAUCAACUUACUAAUAAAAAUGUAUAAUUCUAAAUUACCUAAUAAGUAAUAAUAAUAAACAUACACAUACAAAAUAAUAAAACUAAAAAAAAUGUAUAGUUUAAUUAUCCUUUUUACCACACUAUUCUUAAGAUUAAUAUAAUAUUAUUGUAAAUACAAUUUCCAGGAUAAACUCAGUUGAAUUGUAUUAUUUGAUAAAUUUACAACAAAAUAAAGAUAAUAUAUUAAGAUAAAAAUGAUCAGCUAAUUGUGAUUUAUCUACUAAUUACAUCAAAUAAAAUUCUAAUAAAAUAAUGAUCGAUAUCAACCGUUUGGCCACCUCUGCUGUACACCAUAGUUGUUUCUUAAUAUUUUGGUCUGACUUGUUCCUAUUUUAAUUGUUUUUUAGUGGUUGACUCGUCGGCCAAGAUCCCUUCUGGAAUACUCAGAGGCAAUUUGAACCAAUACGGUGAUUUUGAUGAAUGCAUCAACACGGUUCAUGAAAAUGGAGAACCGGUGAAAUAUUGUCUAGCAGCCAUACAGCUAAAACACAAUUCCAUUUUUGGCGACCGCAUAAGUGCCCACAAUCAAGUGAAAAACAAUUUAACCGACGUAAGUUGCAUUUUGUUGAUUAUUUAAUAUAACUUCUGUUGAACACAACAGAUUAAUAAAUUAAAAUUGAGUUCAGAUUCCAAUACAACUUUUGUGGUUAUACUCUAUUGAAAAUCAUAAUUACAUUAUUGUACUUCAAAUUUAGUUUAUCAUAUAAUAAAUUAACUAAAAAAAAUAAGUUAUUAAUUAAAAAUCAAAUCUAAUGUGAAAUAUUUUAUAAUAUGCUCACAAUUAUAUUGACAUUACUUGUGAUUUGUUUAUUAAUGGAAUUAAUAGUUCAGAAAAUAACAAAACAAUAUUGAUUUGUAUUUUAUAUAUUAUUCUAAUAAACUUAUAAUAGAUAAUAGAGGUAAAUUAAUAGUUCAAAAAAAUUAUAAUAUAUUUAUAUUUAUUAUAUAAAGUAAAUAGGAAGGUAUAUUUUAUAAAUAUUGAUAAUAAAUAAAAUUCAGAUUUUUGUCUCAAUUUUUCUUUUAAAUUGAUUUGUUUAUGGUUUGAUUAAACAAGUAAUUCAGUUAAUUCAGUAAUUUUACAUUUAAAUUAAAUAAUAUGUUUGUAUUUUAAUAUAUCUUAGCCUGGCCAUCGUUUGCCUAAAUUUUCUACUGUGUACUGGGGUGUUUGUGUACCAUCAUCCUGCAGUCCAGAUGAUGUUUCUUCUGCAGUAAGUUCUACAGCUCUGAGGUUCUACAAUGUUGAAGUACUCGUUGAAAAUGAUAUGUGUCAAAUGAAACGUAUACCAAAAAAAUCAACAGAUUUUGAUUUGGUACGGUUUUUUACAGCAAUUUUUCUAUUGGCUAUGGGAAUGUUUGCACAAGGAGCAGUUUGCACCCCAGAUGAACUUGACCGUAAUUAACAACUAUUUUACUAUGUAUAAAUAAUUUAUUUGAGAUAGAGAACUUGUUUAAAUGAUUAUGACUUAUAUAAUGUGUUUAAAAAAAACUCUUAGGCAUAUUUUAUCAUGUUUUAUUUUAAUUUAUAAAUUGACACACCAUAAAUAGUUUUUCAUUAAAUUUAUACACUACAUUAAUAGUUAUAUUUUGAUCAUACAAUUUUACUAGUAUAUGUAGUGGAAAAAAAUAUGAAAUUAGGAGUUAAUUCAAAAGUCUAAAUAUCUUAAUUGUAAAUAUGUACUUUGUUACAAAUCAAAUGUUAUACUUUAAAAAGUAAUUAUGUAUUUUAUUAACAGCUGAUGUAGAGCAUUCAGCACAUCUUAUGCUUCGAAUAGCACAAGUUCUGAGGAAUUCAUUUUCAAUUAAGAGGAACUAUCAAUCUUUGUUUAUUUCUCCUACUAAAAAUGGAUUCAAGAGUUUGCAAGGUAUUCGAGCAUUGAAUAUGAUUAGUUUACUUUUGUGUCACAUGGUUAUGGCAAAAAUGUUUCUGCCAUAUUUAAAUAAGACUGAGAUGUCUGAAGUAAAUAUAAAUAUUAUCUCCUUAGUAUUUUUAGUUUCAUUUUUCAUUUAUAAAAUAAUUUGCAGAAUAUGUCAAAACCGUGGUUGGUCACAGGAAGAGUAGCUUAUUUAUAUACUGAUUCUUUUUUGGUAAUUAGUGGAUUUUUAGCAGCAUAUACAUUGAGUCGAUUUUCUCCAAUAAAGAGUAUUAUUUCACGCUAUAUACGGUUGGUAUAAUAGAGUUGUAUUAUAUUAUAUUUUGUAAUUAUAAAGUACAAAUUUUUAUUUUCUUAUUUAUUCUCUUUUUCAUAUUCUUUUUUACUAUUUAUUUUUUUACAAAUUAUUGUUUUAGAUUGACAGCAACUCUAGUAACUGUCAUGGUCAUUUGUGCCAAAUAUUUACCGGAAAUGAACUAUGGUCCUAUGUGGAAUAUGGUUAUCACACGACAUUCAGACCUUUGUUACAAGAACUGGUGGAGAAAUGUAUUGUAUAUUCAAAACCUGUUUGGUUUUAAAAAUAUGGUAAAAUAUAGUUUAGUCGUAUUUAUACGUAAUAACAUAUUAGUAUUUUAUUUAAAUUAAAAUUUUUUAUUUUCAGUGUUUGACACAUACUCACCAACUUGCAAUCGACUUUCAAUUAUUCAUGAUGGCCAUUCCAUUAAUGUAUUUGUUACGAAAAAGUAAAGUGGUCGCAUUAUCUAUUAUUAUGACUAUCAUGUCUAUAUCCACAAUACUUCGUUAUCAAUCUGUUAAAAAUAAUAAUUUAUCUACGGUUGUUUAUUUUGGAGCAGAGUAAGUGCCCAAAUUGUAUAACCAUUAAUAAUUAUGUUGUAUCUGAAUUUCGCACCAAAUUAAUAUUUGUUAUUUUAUUAGUAUAUCACAAUUGAAUCGAACCUUUGAUUUGACGUACACUUUACCCUCUCACCGGGCAACUGUCUAUUUAAUGGGCUUCUUGGUUGGUUACUGGAUGCAACAAAAGGGUAGUCUGAAUAUUUCCAAUGUAUGUAUAUUGUAAAUUAUGUAUACACUAUACACAAGUUACUAUUGUUUUCAACAAAUUUUUUUAAAAUAAUUUAUUAAUUAUUAUAAAUGCAGAUACAGGUUAAACAAAUGUGGCUUAUAGCUACUGUAUGUGGUUUAUUAGCUGUUUUCGGGCCUUAUCAACUUUCCAACAUGAACUACGUAUACAAUAAUGUACAUUUAGCACUUUAUAAUGCAGCUGCACCCAUACUAUGGUCUAUUUUUAUUCUUUGGUGUAUUAUAGCUACAGAUAAUGGACAUGGAGGUAAAGCCCAGCAGCUAACUUAGUAAUUUAACAUUUUUAUGGCUAAUGGUUAUCAUUUUUUUUUUCAGGUUGGUUUGGAAAAUUGUUAUGCUGGAAUUCAUUCACAUUCUUGUCUAAAAUUUCAUAUGCUGUUUACUUAGUACAGUAUCCAGUAUUUUUUUAUUAUGUUGGAUCUGCAAGGGGCCCCUCUUUGCAUACUGUUUCGACAAUGGUUAGUAUUUAUCAAUUAAAUUAUUUUUUAUUUAAGAGGGCACUUUACCAAUGUUUAAGGUAUAGACAUAAAUUUUAGAGUCUGCAAAUAUGUACUUUGUACUGCUUGUGUCAAAUAAGUUUUAGACUUAAUAUUAUAUAUAAUAUAUAUAAUAUUAAGAAUAUAUAUAGACUUAAUAUUUAUUUGAAUGCUAUAAAUAGAGCUUAAGGUGGCUCAGGAAGGGCUGAGUUCUCAUAAGCCUCCCAUCUUUUUACGUUAGUGUUUCUCAAACAAGGGACCAUGGAUGUAUUACUUGGAGGCUGUGAAAUAUUUUUUUUAUAAUUUUUGACUUAAAAUUAAAUGGGGUUGAUUAUAAAUAUCGGUUUUCAAAAUAAAAUAAAAAAAUAUAAAUAAUGAAUUGGGUAAAAAUACCCUUUUCUAUUUCACUGAAAUACGAUCAUAUUCUAUGAGCUGCAAAAAAGCAAUUUAUUAAAAUUAGAGAAGACUAUACUCUUGAAACAGAACUAACUGAACUUUGAUUAAAACGACCGCAAGAGUGACCAUUAAUUUAAAAAGUGGCUUUACUUUAACCAACAAUAAAACAUUGCUAACAAAAACGAUUCUGAGACAUUUUUGCUUAUACGUGUCUUGAAAGUCCAUAAUAUUUAUGAUUUUCAUCGAAAUUUGAUUUUAAAACUUAUAAAAAAAAUAAUACUGUAUUAUACUAAGUGUUUUUUUUUCCUACUUAGUGUGACUUUUAUAAUGAACCUCUUGUCAAAUGUUGUGUUGCAUGUAGGCAAUUUCAACAACAUUUUUAAAAUAAUGAAAAUUGACUCACUUUAAUGUAAAUUUAAAAAAUUUGUUUCUUGUAAGUACUUACAAGAAAAUAUAAUGCGUGUUCACUUAUUUUUAGUUUGAUAUUGGCCAAAUAGUACUGAUUAUGGUGUUGUCAAUAUUCCUCACUCUGAUCAUCGAUAUACCGUUUCAGAAAAUUGGCAAACGUGUGACAGAAGGAGUAUAUGAAAAAAUUAAAUUAUUUUAA